UUUGCGCGCGUCAGGUGAGCUCGUGCAGCGCCCAGCGGCAGGUGCCCCAUGACGUCACCACGGCGCUUAGAUACUCCACCAAAGAUUCACCGACAUUACAACAGCAGAGAAAGUAAGGUCCGGACUUGAUCGAUUGAGAUGAACGCUGCUGAGCAGUGAACUUUUCACACGGUUUUUACUUCAGACACAUGAUCGCGAAGUGAAACGAUGGGCCGUAAUAAACAGGAGGAAGAGCAAAACAACCCCGAGUAUGGUGAACCAACUCAGUUUGACCCCACAUUCACCGGCCCCAUUCACAACAGGAGCUGUACAGACAUCAUAUGCUGCGUUCUGUUCAUGCUGGUCAUCGCGGGUUACAUAGUGGUGGGAAUUCUGGCCUGGCUGUAUGGAGAUCCUCGACAUGUGCUGUAUCCCAGAAACUCCACGGGAAUGUUCUGUGGAGUCGGACAGAACAAGGACAAGCCCAACGUCAUGUACUUUGACAUCCUCAAAUGUGCCACAGCGACAAAUGUCAUGGCUUCAGCUCUGCAGGGUCUCCAGUGUCCCACCACACAGGUGUGUGUGAAGUCGUGUCCGUCAGAGUUCUGGAUGUUGUCUCCUCUCGCCUACUCACCGAGCGCAAACCCAGCCAAUUAUUUCAACCAGGAGUACUGCGUCCCGUCCUUCCAGCUGCAAGGCACUCAAUAUUCAGCUAUGGAAAUUGUAAAUAAAGAGUUGUGUCCUCUUUUCUACAUGCCAACAACCUCUGUGCUGGGCCGGUGUUUGCCCAGUUUGGGAGGGAAUGCGUAUAAUCCCAGUAAUAUUCCCACAAACUUCACUCUUCCUGGAUUGAAUGCGAAUCAGACUUUGGCAGCGAUCAGGAAUGCCACAAGCGACGUCACCAACAGCUUCAACAUCAAAGACGUCGGCCUGAGGAUCUUCGAGGACUUCGCCAAGUCAUGGCAGUGGAUCGUAGCUGGUCUGGUGAUUGCGAUGGUGGUCAGCGUUCUCUUCCUGAUUCUGCUGCGUUUCACAGCUCCGGUUCUCAUCUGGGUUCUCAUCGUUGGGGUUCUAGCGGUCGGCGCCUUCGGUAUCUGGUACUGUUAUAAUGAGUACAUGUCUCUGGCCAACUCUAGCCUGACCUUCAAUAACGUGGGUUUAACCACUAAUGUGCAGGUCUAUCUGCAGGUGCGGGACACCUGGCUGGCCUUCUUGAUUAUUCUGAGUAUCGUCGAGGCCGUUCUGCUGCUGGCGUUGAUCUUUCUGAGGACUCGUAUUCUCAUCGCCAUCGCUCUUAUUCAGGAGACCAGCAAGGCGUUGGGUCACAUGAUGACGACCCUCUUCUAUCCCAUCAUCACGUUUGUGCUGCUGCUGGUGUGUGUGUCGUACUGGGGAAUCACAGCGCUAUAUCUGGCCACAUCAGGCGCUCCCAUCUACAAGGUGGUGGCCAUGAACACAGCACAGGCCGGCUGCAGCGUCAUACAAGCCAACCAGACCUGCGUCCCGGAGACGUUCAACACUACGCAGUAUCCCACGUGUCCUUCAGCACGCUGCAUCUUCAUUAACUAUAACACGGAGGGUUUGUUCCAGAGGAACCUCUUUAACCUGCAGAUCUAUAACGUGAUUGCGUUCCUGUGGUGUGUGAACUUUGUCAUCGCUCUGGGUCACUGUACGCUCGCCGGCACCUUCGCCUCAUAUUACUGGGCCUUCAGCAAACCGGCAGAUAUCCCAACAUUCCCUCUGAUCCAGUCCUUCAUGAGAGCGCUGCGGUAUCACGUGGGCUCGCUGGCGUUUGGCGCGCUGAUUCUCACGCUGGUGCAGCUCGUCCGGAUCAUUCUGGAGUAUCUGGACCACAAGUUCAAAGAGGCUCAGAACCCGUGCACGCGCUUCAUCAUGUGUUGCCUCAAAUGCUGCUUCUGGUGUCUGGAGAAAUUCAUCAAGUUCAUCAACAGGAACGCUUACAUCAUGAUCGCCAUAUACGGGAAGAAUUUCUGUGUGUCUGCUAAGAAUGCUUUCUCUCUGCUCAUGAGGAACAUCAUACGGGUGGUGGUGCUGGAUAAAGUGACGGAUCUGCUGCUGUUCUUCGGGAAGCUGCUGGUGGUCGGUGGAGUGGGUGUGCUGGCCUUCUUCUUCUUCUCCGGCAGGAUUCCGACUCCAGGAACCACGUUUGAAACAGCGCCGCUCAACUACUACUGGAUGCCCAUCAUAACGGUGGUGUUCGGUGCGUAUCUGAUCGCCCACGGCUUCUUCAGUGUGUAUAACAUGGGUGUGGACACACUCUUCCUGUGUUUCUUGGAGGAUCUGGAGCGUAAUGAUGGCAGUCCACAGAAACCUUACUUCAUGUCCAAGAACCUGAUGAAGAUCCUCAACAAGAAGAACAAAACGGCCAAGACGGGCUGAUGAAGAUGAUGAGGGUUUCUGACUUCAUAAUCUCAAGCACUGUCACUUUCAGUCGAAGUGAAUCCAUGUACAGACCCUUUGAAACAUUGAUAGUCGUUUUGUCUUAGACAUGUUCCUGAGAUUCAAUCCUGGAACUGUUUUACUGAAAAUGUGCCAGUGCAUUUUUUUCGUUGUGUUUUAUUCAAGGCAAACUUGACAUGUCUGUGAGCCAAAGCAUUUAUUAUUAGCCAUUUUUAUCUUUACAUAUUAAUAUAUUCAGUUUAUGAUUUUAAUAUAAGAUUCAAUUGACUGCUUUUGGUGCAGAUUAAUAACUAACGUUCUGUUCUUCCAAAACUGCUGAACAUUUUUUAAGCCACUUUUUAAACUUUGUAAUAGAGAAUAAAAUACAUGACAGAAUAUCUGAUCCUCCAU